GCCAAUUCUUGUGGCGCGUGUCAGACGAGUUUGAAAGAUAUUUUCAGCUGUUUCUCUUUUUGAAGCUUUCUCUUUCUUUUGGAAGAAGAGUGAAUAGCUUAAAGAUGAACUCGCAGAUACCAGAUGAUGUUCUUACUAGCCUCUUUACGGACUUUGCACUAGAGCACGAAGAAAAGCAGCAGAGCUACAACUUAAAGCAUAGGCCAAAUCAUCAAUCCCCUUCAUUAAUUCAUAACGGCAUUCAAUCAACCGGAACAUCACCCUCUUCCAAGUACACCUUUUCGGAGCAUUCCGAUGACGUAGACACCUCUGCAGUAGUUGAUGAACUAGUAAGAAUUGGAGACGAACUUCCUGUAGCUGAUGAGGAAUUAAUUCUUCUUCCUGUUAGAGAAUUGAAUAGAAGGCUUCAUGGAUUAUCAAAAGAGGUGGUUAUUCGUAUAAAGCAGAGGAGGAGAACCUUAAAAAAUAGAGGUUACGCGCAACAGUGUCGAACGAAGAGGUUGCAACAGAGAGCCGACCUAGAAAAAGUUAAUAAAGAAUUACUUGAAAAAAUUAGUAAUUUGAAAAAACAAAUGUUGAUAUUGGCAAGAGAAAGAGAUUUGUACAAAAGAGAAUUGGAAAGGUUCAAAUUAAAUUCAACUCCAUCUUCACCAGAUAGCGGAAUAUUUUGACAUUUUCUCAAUCUUCUUUUUUAUUAUUAUUAAACAUUUCUUUUGUCUCAAUGUUGAAGAAUAAAGUUUUUAUUUAUUAAAAACAACUAUAAACCAGUGGCCAUAUUUGAAUCAUAACUGAAGUAUUUGUCUUUUCUCUGUUGUAAAUAAGUAGACACCGAAAAAAAAAUUGUCCGGUUAUAUUUCAAUGUUAUACCUGUUUGGUGUUUUUCAAACCAUCUUGAUAAAUGUAUAUAUAGAUACUGUACAUGUUUGUUCGUUUGUACCGUAUUUAUUCACUUUUCCACUCUUAUAUUCUUGAAUAUUUUUUGCAUUUAACAUUAUUAAAUAGAUUGUUUUUAUGUUGAAAAGAUAAAAAGAAAAACUAUUCAAACCUUUAACAGACUUUUGUUCUUUUUACAUCUGUGAUCAUCUCAUUUGGUCGGAGAAAAAAAAAACUAGAAAUAUAGGAGAACGCGACAGAAAUAGGUAGAGAAAAAAGGUGUGGCAAUGGCUAUUCUCUUUAGACAAAACGCCGUUUGGGGGUUUGACGGAGAGCUGUAAAAAGAUACAGGAGAUAGAUGGUGGGAGAAAGAUAGAUAGCUAGAUAGAGAGAAAAGACAUAAAGUGUAACCAACACGUUGAAGAAUAGAUUGAAUAGACGAAGAGAUAAGAUGUAGACAAAAAUUUGAUAGGUUUAGCAAAAGGAGGGAAGAGAUAUGAUAGAAGUGGGAAAAGGAAGAGGGUUGUUUUAUUUCAAACGUUAUAUCACCUUCGCAACUAGAAAAAAGCGCCUUUGGAAGCCCUCAUGUCCAAAAAAUGGAGUAAAUAAAACACAUACAUACGCACGCACACUCACACAGUAUACAGCGUAUUCUAUAUAAUGAAAAGAGUACAUCUAUAUAUAAAUAUACUGUAAAAAC